CUAAAAGCCAACAGCUGUCAAAUGGGUUGCAAACGGAGCUGUAGAUGGGAGAUAAGUUUUUUGUUCGACUGCAAAACAAAAUGUUGAUCGUGUCGUAGUUACAAUAGUUGUGUGAAUAUAAUUUUUGUAGUGAAAAUGAAGCCACUUAUAGAUUUUGACGAAUGUCUCCGUGAUUCUCCUAAGUUUAGGGAACAAUUGGAGACAGAAGAAGCAAGCAUUGAUUCCCUGGAGCUGAAGUUGGAUAAGGUUCUCAAAGCAUGUACUGUUAUGGUGGAGUCUGGCAAAGUAUACAUGAGUCAUAGAGGGACAUUUACUAAUGCACUCUGGGACUUAAGUGGGAGUUUUUCGGAGGACCCAACAGUGAUGGCCACCCUCAACCGCAUGAUACAUGCUUUGCAAGAGAUGAACAAGUACCACUCUAUAUUGUUGGACCAGGCUUCUAGGACUGUACUGAAGAAUCUCACUGCCUUUAUUAAAGUUGAUAUUAAAGGUGUUAAAGAAAGUAAGCACCAUUUUGAUAAAAUCUCCAAUGAUCUGGAUAUAGCUUUAAACAGAAACUCACAGGUAUCUCGUAAUAAAGUAACUGAUGUGGAGGAGACAGUUAAUCUCUUGCUGGCAACGCGCUCGUGCUUCAGACACACAGCAUUGGACCAUGUGCACAAGAUCACAAUGUUGCAGGCACGGAAAAGGCAUGAAAUACUUGCUACUUUCCUGUCGUACCUGCAAGCGUGUUGCACCUAUUAUCACCAAGGCGCGGACUUGACUGAAGACUUGGAUCCUUUUCUCAAAGCCACCGCUGAGGAGGUUUCAACAAUGCGUAACGAUACAAAGAUACUCGACAAAGAGAUGGAGAAUCGUCAUACGAUUGUGAAUAGCAAAGAUACUGUGCUGCCGAGUUGUAAGGCCGGUGACGCGGAGGCAGAAGCGAAGGAUGGAAUGCUGAGCGCGCCCUGCCUCAAGAACCUUCCCAGAAUGCAGGGCUAUCUCUUCAAGAGGACCUCGAAUGCUUUCAAAACGUGGAACAGGCGAUGGUUCUAUUUGUACGACAACAGAUUAGUGUACAGGAAAAGAACAGGCGAAUUGAACGUGACUGUAAUGGAAGAGGACUUAAGACUGUGCACAGUGAAGCCAGUGCUUGACGGCGAAAGGCGGUUCUGUUUCGAAGUGCUCUCGCCUUCUAAGAGUCACAUGCUUCAAGCUGAUUCGGAAGAAAUGUUAAAUUCGUGGAUUGCAGCGCUCCAAAACGGGAUCCGAUCAGCCAUACAGCACGGCCAAAGCCGAGAGAACCCUGAAUCCCAGCUAGUGCUCGUGCCAGACGACUCUAAAUCUAACGACAAUAGGAAUAGCGUCGCUAAUGUAAGGAUGAGGAAAGUAAGGAUUUGGGAGCAGCUGCUUAGUAUCCCCGGAAACAACAACUGUUGCGACUGCGGCAGCCCCAACCCGCGGUGGGCUAGCAUUAACCUUGGAAUCACUCUCUGUAUAGAAUGUUCUGGAAUUCAUCGCUCACUUGGCGUGCACGUCAGCAAAGUCAGAUCUCUUACUUUAGAUGACUGGGAACCUGAUAUUAUAAAGGUCAUGGCCGAACUGGGAAAUAAAAUAGUUAACUUAAUUUAUGAAGCAAAUACAGAAGGAACCACCGUCACUCGAGCAACUCCGGAUUGUGAAACAGCCGUGCGCGAGGCGUGGAUCCGCGCCAAGUACGUGUCGCUAUCAUUCGUGCGCAACAUCGCACGCGGCGCCGCGGAUUCGCUGCCCGAGUCGCCGCUGCGCAGCGGCCGCCGCUGGUCCGUGCGCAGGGCGCGCCGCAGGGUUCGCGCCGCGCCUGCCGUACCCGAAACUAUCACCGACGAGAAGAGUGACGACAACAGCAAUACGAGCGUGUCGGAAAGCUCUAGCAAGUCGUCGCCAGACAGCCCCGUGCUGCUGAUCGGCACGGAGCUGGCCAGCGAGCGCGCCGUGGACCUCAGCCUGCCGUCCGACCACGAGUCCACCGAGGGCGAGGACACGGCUGACGUCGCAGCAGAAGACAUAUCGUGCCUGUCAGCGGACGCCGUGCUGCACCGCGCGGCGCGCGCGCACAACGUGGCGGUGAUGCGCGCCGCGCUGGCCGCCGCCGCCGACGUCAACCAGCCGCACGCGCGCGCGCGCUCGCCGCUGCACGCCGCCGUGCUCAGCGGAUCAGUAAUGGCGUGCUCGUUCCUAUUGCUCAACGGCAGCAAGUUAAACAUGCAAGACGAAGACGGGAAGACGCCCCUACACCUGGCCACGGAGGCUGGCCACACAGGACAGGUUUGCUUGCUGCUGCGGUACCGCGCCGACCAGUCCAUCGCCGACAACGAAGGCCGCACGCCGCUUGACAUCGCUGUCGGACACGCUAACGCCGACAUUGUUACUUUACUUCGCCUGACAAAACUGAACGAAGAAAUGCGCGAAAGCGAAAUGGCUUCCAACGACGACACGUACAACGAAGUGUUCCGCGACUACACGCAGCUGGCGCACUCCCACCCCGAGCGGCUGGUGCGCGCGCGGCACAACAACAACGAAGGUAUAUUCAACCUUAUUGGCCUGUCUUUAAGGUUCACAGAAAAAAUCGAACUUGCUGGGUCUAAGGAUUUUGAACCGUAUUGACGUUUGAAAUGUGCUAGACCUAAGGCUAGGUAUGUAUUAACAAGCUCAGAAGACACGUGUUUCGCGACUACACGCAGCUGGCGCACUCGCACCCCGAGCGGCUGGUGCGCGCGCGGCACAACAACAACGAAGGGGAACAACCAACUGAAUGACGAAACGCCCCAGGGGUGAAGCGACGAUGGCUGUGGUAACACGACGACUGGAUGACGUCACGCCGGUGACGUCACAUGUGCAUUGCGACCGGUGAAGAAAACUACGAGGUAUAUUAUUCCAUUAUACAAAUAGACGUUGACGCUAACAGUAGACAACGAAGGCCUACGAUGAUAAAAACUCAGUGUAACUAAUGAAUUGUAAUAUGGCGCUAAAACAUGUUAUUUGUUAGAUUAGAAAAAAAUAGGUCACACUUACGCCCAUUACGAUGCUUGUCAAUCAUGAUCGAAAAUGGUAGUUUAAUGCCUAUUUAUAUCUAUAAAUAAUGUUAAAAUUAAAAACUAAAGUUAUUAUUGACAUUUAAGACUUAAAAUACACCAUAAAUGCCAACGAAUGGUUAUAAAAUAGGGCGCUUUAGUAACAAAAUGAAUUUAGGAAAUACAGCCUACAUUUUUGUGUUUUUUUUCAACUCAAUCCGAUACUCUCACUGCGCGUGUAUUUAAUCAACACUCAAGAUUGUUUUAUUGUUAUUUUACUGACAAACAUCGAGUGUUGAGUUGUUGAACAUAAAAUUUACAUAAAUAAAUAAAUGUUUCAACCAUAUCCAUAUCUUAAAUAUGACAUGUUAACUAGCAUCUAUAUCUUCCAUUCCUCGAUGUCAAAAAUUUAGCUACCUCUUUUAAUCAACAAAUAUUAAUAGCUUACUUCCAUUAGUACACUUUUUAAUUUUAAACUACUUUUUAACUUGUAUUGUAGACAUUUCAAUAAGCCAUUAGAUUCAAAAAGUUUGGUUCGAUCUAGAGGAUCUUUUUAGGACCUAAAAAUAAAAAAAAAAGGUAUUUUAAUUGAUUAUUUGAGCUUCAAAUAUUCAAACCAAUCAAAAAUAUUCAAAUAGAUUAUAGAUAAUUGCCUACUAUAGGAUAUAAAUUGAAAAGUUUUGAUUGUCACAGCAUUUUAUUGCACGCUAGUAAGUAAACUGACUUUUCCAUAAAAUGUAGUGUUCAAUACAAUGUUUUUAUGUAUAAUAAAUAUUCCUAAUAUUCAAAUACAAGUAAAUCGGAGAGUAACAUACAGUAAUUGUAUUAAAAUGUAUUCAUGAUCUCUACAUAUUUUUAUGAGGCUUUAAAACUGUUUUCUCACAUUAGACAUGAUAAUUGUAUGGAAUGUAUUAUUUUAUUUGGUUGUUUGUGGAACCCAAUCGACUGAACUUAAGUCCUCAAUACAUUUUAUUGUUUUACUCGUAAAAGUUAGUCAAUAUUCAUUAGAAUUUUGAGCAUGUAGUGACACGACGUGAUGACACUGCCAUUGUGUCUUAAAAUUUCCAGUAAAGUGGUUAUCUAAAACUUGCAGCAACCAUAAUACUAUACAUAUCUAAAUAACUCAUUUUUGUUCAGUAUUUCUGUCACUGUUAACAUAAAAUAUUUGUGUCAUAUUUAUUUACAUCAUUAAAAAAAAAUAUGUAAUCAUUUUGCAUAUUUAUACAAGUGAUUAAUUUAAAAUAUCUAAUGACAUUUUGUCACGAAAAAGAUAAUAGUUUGACGAGCCAUACAAUAUGAAAUGAAAUAACGAUAAUAACGGUUUGAUUUAUUAUAUGUAUUUAUUGAUAUAACUUAUUGAACCAAAGAUUUGAGUAUUUGGUAAUAACUUAUAAGCCUAUGUAUGUCGUUAAGUGCUAAUUGUAGGGUAAAUAUUUAAUCAAUAUCAUAAUAAUGUAACUUUUCAAAAUUAUUUAAUGAAGUUGUUUUAAUAAUCCCAUUGAUAAUUGUCUAUUUUUUACGUUGACGGAAAUUACCGCUAGUUUUAGGUUAGAUCGAAUACAUGUGAUAUAAAAUUUCAGUCUUCAGUAUUUAAGUUCCAAAUAAAUGUGUCCUUUAAUAUCUUCCACUCGUAAUUUCCAAAACAUUUUGUUCGAUAAAUAUAUGAAACUGCCAUAACAUUCCAACUUAAUUAGCUAUGAUAAAAAAUCAUUCCCUGAGACAAAGCAUUUGAUUCUUUAUUUAUUACUGAAGACAUGUUUAAACAACAGAAUCUCGAAAAAAUGUACACCCUAAGCUCUAUACCUAAGCAAUAAAUUUUUUUUUAUAUUUUUUAUUGUUGUAAGCUGCAUUAUUAAUUAUUAUUAAUGUAACUAUUAUUAUGCGUAUAGGUAGUUAAACUAUUAAAUAUACCUAUUCCUACUUGCCAAAUUUUACAUCUGUUUUAUGCCAUCUUUUAAACAUUGUCGUUAAAAUAUUUGUUUGUUACUCACUUUGCAAAAUUACCUAUGAAUUAUUACUAUUAACAGUAUACAAUCGUGUUUCGAUGAAUUUAUUAUAUUAAUAACUAUUAAGUCUUACGUAGGUAUAUUGUUAAAAUGCUUUUAUAUUGAUACUUUACUGUAGUAAGUAUAUCAUAUGUCGAUAAUAUUAAUGUACUCAUUAGAUGUUGUUUAAAUCAGAAGUGUGUAGAAAAUACAGGAAAAUCAUUGUUACAACAAUGCUUGUUGUUAUUAUAAUGCUUUAAAUUACUCGUACAUUGCGAUGAUCCUAUGAGGACCCCACGAACUGCGGAUAUUAUUAUUUGUUAUACUACUUAAUAAGUAGUAAAACCAAUAUAGUAUUUAUCGUCAAAAUUACCUUGACAGUUAAACUAUCUGUACCUUGAGAAGUGCCAUUGCCAGGAAGCACAUUUAAUUCUAAUGUAACAUGAUGCUGAUGUCUAAUAAUAAUUAAUGAAUGCUAUAAGCUUUUGUUUAAAAACUUUUUUUCAUCUACAAUCAAGGUAGGUAUAUCAAUACUCUGUUACUGUUAUUGUAAUGUCGUAUGUUCGAAAACAAUGUACCUAUUCAAAUAAAAUCGUCGUAAUUGA